AUGCAUUCCGCUCAGCGCAAACCUUCUGGCCAGUCGCAGCGCCGGUCAUCACUGCGUUCGACGCGAUCAGGAACAGCUGCACAGGCGUCAAUUCGCCAAUCUGAAUCCUCAACUGAGCAGCAAGACACGUCUCAAGCUCAUGAUGGCUUGCAACACCAGACACCAACAGUCACAUCCAUACCGCCAGGCACAUCGAAAUGGUGGCAUGUGCACCUGUUCCGUGGGAUGGUCAACGACGUGAAGCGCAGAGCACCUUAUUACUGGAGUGACUGGACUGAUGCCUGGGAUUAUCGUGUCGUACCUGCGACAGUUUACAUGUAUUUCGCUAAUAUUUUGCCUGCUCUGGCCUUCUCGUUGGAUAUGUUCGAGAAAACCAGUCAAAGCUAUGGUGUCAAUGAAGUUCUUCUUGCGUCUGUCCUGGGUGCAAUUGUUUUUGCCCUGUUUGCAGCCCAGCCACUCGUCAUUGUGGGUGUGACUGGUCCGAUUACUGUCUUUAACUAUACUGUAUACGACAUUAUUGCUCCUCGGGGGACCCCUUAUCUUGCUUUCAUGUGCUGGAUUGGAAUCUGGUCUCUAAUCAUGCAUUGGAUAUUGGCCAUUACAAAUGCUUGCAACGCACUCACCUAUGUCACACGAUUCUCUUGCGAUAUCUUUGGUUUCUAUGUUGCUUGCAUUUAUCUGCAAAAAGGCAUCCAAGUUCUUACCAGACAAUGGGGCUCUGUGGGAGAAACAUCUGCAUAUUUAGCCAUCAUGGUUGCGCUACUUGUUUUGAUGUGUGCAUGGAUAUGUGGCGAAUUGGGGAACAGCAAUCUUUUCAAGCGGUUCAUUCGGAAGUUCCUAGAAGACUACGGUACACCCCUGACCAUCAUCUUCUUCACUGGAUUUGUCCACAUUGGUCACAUGAGAGACGUGGACGUUGCUACGCUUCCAACCAGCAAGGCUUUCUUCCCAACCCUUGAUCGUUCCUGGUUAGUCCGCUUCUGGGAUAUCAGUGUUGGAGAUAUUUUCCUUGCCAUUCCAUUUGCACUGCUACUCACUAUUCUCUUCUAUUUCGAUCACAAUGUUUCAUCUUUGAUAGCCCAGGGAACCGAGUUCCCUCUUCGAAAGCCAGCUGGAUUCCACUGGGACAUUUGGCUCCUGGGACUGACCACCUUUGUGGCGGGAAUCUUGGGAAUACCUUUCCCAAACGGUCUUAUUCCCCAGGCUCCAUUUCACACAGCUGCACUCUGCGUCACUCGUCAAGUGGCAGAUGAAGAUGACACAAACAAAGGUAAAGCUAUCCGGGUAACCGACCACGUAGUGGAGCAGCGGGUCAGCAACUUUGCGCAGGGUCUGUUGACCCUAGGAACGAUGAGUGGCCCACUUCUGAUCGUCCUCCAUUUGAUUCCACAAGGUGUCAUGGCUGGUCUCUUCUUUGUGAUGGGAGUCCAAGCCCUCCAAGGCAAUGGUAUCACCCAGAAGCUGAUAUUCCUUGCCCAAGACAAGAAGUUCACCCCUGCCUCUGACCCCCUCAAGCGAAUUGAACGCCGAGCCGCAAUCUGGGCAUUCGUCAUUCUUGAACUAGUUGGCUUCGGUGCGACUUUCGCCAUCACUCAAACUAUCGCCGCCAUCGGAUUCCCUGUUAUCAUUCUGCUUUUGAUCCCUGUGCGAUCUUUCCUUUUACCAAAGUGGUUUACUCGGGAGGAAUUGGCAGCACUAGAUGGUCCGACUGCUAGUCCAUUCACCAUGGAGAGUGUCGGCGGUACUCAUGGAAUGGAUGAUAACCAGGCGGUGGGUAGCGGAGCUCAUGAAAUCUCACGUGGGGAUGAUGGAGUGUUGAGAACCAGAAACUCUACUUCACCCGAGUCUGCAGCUGAAGACUUGGAGCGUGGUGAGUCGUAUGAGCUGCCUUCUCAGGCGCAACACCGGAGGAGCACAGUUAGCCGAGUAGACUAG